GCUUUUUUGCUGAGAAUUUAAUUUUGUGAAUCUUUGGUUAUUGCUUUUUUCUACGAACUGUGUUUGUGUGUGUUUUGCGAUGUGUGGUUCUCAAAAAAGAUCAUUUUCUUCGGUGCCUCUUAGUCUCUCAAGGUUUUUGGGAUGGGAUCAUGAAUGGAUGAGAGUUAUGAAGAAUCCAGUGGAGUUAUCUGAUACUUUGGUAAAUUCUGGUUAGCUUUUUGGUGGAUGAUUUAAUCAAAAAAAAAUCAAAUGAAGGGUUCUUCAGAAUCUAAUUCCAGAGGAUUAAACAAUACCUCUGGGGUUUCAGAGUUUUUUACGGAUGGUUCUAAGUCUUUGUCUCACAUUGAUUAUGUCAGAAGCUUACUUGGUUCACAUAAAGACGAUAACUUGGGACUUGAUGAUGGCUCUAUUGUGAGAGCUUUGGAAUGUGAAGAUGUUAGCUUGCGUCAGUGGUUAGACAAUCCUGACCGAUCCGUUGAUGCGUUUGAGUGUUUUCACGUUUUCAGACAAAUCGUUGAGAUUGUGAAUGCAGCUCACUCUCAAGGCUUUGUUGUUCAUAAUGUUAGGCCUUCUUGUUUCGUUAUGUCUUCCUUUAACCAUGUUUCCUUUAUUGAAUCCGCUUCUUGUUCGGAUUCCGGGUCUGAUGAGGAAAUAACAACAAAGUCUCGAGACAUUGGUAGCUCGAGGAAAGAAGAUGUUCUGUCAGAGAGACGAAGCAAGGGAUCAGAGAAGCAACCUUUCCCUAUGAAACAGAUAUUAGCUAUGGAGAUGAGUUGGUAUACAAGUCCUGAAGAAGAUAAUGGUUCACCGAGUAACUGUGCUUCUGAUGUUUACCGUCUUGGUGUUCUUCUCUUUGAGCUAUUUUGCCCUGUCUCCUCAAGAGAAGAUAAGUCAAGAACUAUGUCUAGUUUAAGGCAUCGUGUUCUUCCACCUCAGAUAUUGCUCAAGUGGCCAAAAGAAGCUUCCUUUUGCUUGUGGUUACUGCACCCUGAGCCUAGCUAUAGACCAUCGAUGAGUGAGUUGCUACAAAGUGAGUUUAUCAACGAACCUAGAGAGAAUUUGGAAGAACGUGAAGCUGCCAUGGAACUACGGGAUGGAAUAGAGGAACAGGAGUUACUGCUCGAGUUCUUGUUGCUGAUUCAACAGAGAAAACAAGAUGCUGCAGACAAAUUGCGGGAUACGAUAUCGCUUCUUUCUUCUGAUAUUGAUCAAGUCGUAAAGCGACAGUUGGUUUUACAGCAAAAAGGGAGUGAUAUUCGUUCAUUCUUAGCCUCAAGAAAACGGAUUAGAAAAGGAGUUGAGACUGCUGCAGCAGAGGAAGAAAAUGAUGAUAAUUCCAUUGAUGAAGAAUCUGAUACUCUAGAAAGCACACUUCUUGAAAGCUCUCGGUUAAUGAAGAAUUUAAAGAAACUGGAAUCAGUUUACUUUGCAAUGCGAUACAGACAAAUCAAGGCUGCUGCUGCUGCUGAAAAACCAUUGGCUAGAUAUUAUUCGGCUUUGAGUAGUAAUGGUAGGAGUUCAGAAAAAAGUUCAGUGAGCAGCCCGGCACAACCACCAAAAGAUCCUAUCAACGAUUCUAGACAGGGCGGGUGGAUUGAUCCAUUCCUCGAGGGUUUGUGCAAGUAUUUAUCUUUUACUAAGCUACAAGUGAAAGCGGAUUUGAAGCAAGGAGAUUUGUUGAACUCGUCUAACCUUGUUUGCGCAAUUGGGUUUGACCGUGAUGGAGAGUUUUUUGCCACGGCUGGUGUCAACAAGAAAAUUAAGAUAUUUGAAUGUGAGUCGAUAAUUAAAGAUGGCCGGGACAUUCAUUACCCGGUUGUGGAACUUGCUAGCCGGUCUAAGCUCAGUGGUAUAUGUUGGAACAGUUACAUUAAGAGCCAAAUCGCAUCAAGUAACUUUGAAGGCGUGGUUCAGGUUUGGGAUGUUGCAAGAAGCCAGUUGGUUACAGAGAUGAAGGAGCAUGAGAAGCGUGUAUGGUCCAUCGACAUUUCAUCAGCAGAUCCAACAUUGUUAGCCAGCGGUAGUGAUGAUGGUUCGGUUAAGCUCUGGAGUAUCAAUCAGGGAGUUAGUAUUGGAACGAUCAAGACAAAGGCAAACAUCUGUUGUGUCCAGUUUCCGUCAGACUCGGGCCGGUCUUUAGCAUUUGGUUCAGCAGAUCACAAAGUUUACUACUAUGAUCUAAGGAACCCCAAGCUUCCUCUUUGCACAAUGGUUGGUCACAACAAGACCGUGAGUUAUGUGAGAUUUUUAGAUUCAUCAACACUCGUGUCUUCUUCGACGGAUAAUACGCUGAAACUAUGGGACUUGUCAAUGUCAAUUUCUGGUGUUAAUGAAACGCCUCUUCACUCAUUCAUGGGACACACUAAUGUAAAGAACUUUGUUGGAUUAUCGGUCUCUGACGGGUAUAUAGCAACAGGCUCGGAGACUAAUGAGGUUUUUGUGUACCACAAGGCAUUUCCAAUGCCUGUUUUGUCGUACAAGUUCAAAACUAUAGACCCUGUGUCAGAUCUCGAAGUAGACGAUGCCUCACAGUUCAUAUCCUCAGUCUGCUGGCGGGCACAGUCCUCGACCUUAGUCGCUGCAAACUCCACCGGCAACAUCAAGAUUCUGGAGAUGGUCUGAACCAAUGUGGCUCAGGAGCAUAAUGGUAAUUUUUCCAGAGUUUGAUUGGUAUAGGAAACAAUUUUUUGGGAGAUAGUAGGAAAAGUGAAAACAUUGUUGCUACUAAAGAUUUGUGUAUAGAAAAAUAUAUGAUCUUUGUAUUUGUAUAGUACUUAUUGUAAAACCUAAUGAGACCAGUGGGUAACUUAACAUACAAGUAAUAGUUAAUCACUUCAAAAGAAUUAUACAAUCAA